GUGACAACAGUGACAACCGUGACAACGGUGACAACAGUGACAACGGAGACAACGGAGACAACGGAGACAACUGAGACAUCGGUAACAACUGCUAACACUCACAACCAUGACAACAGUGACAAUAGUGACAACAGCGAGAACAGUGACAACUGUGACAACAGUGACAACAGUGACAGCAGUGACAACUGUGACAACAGUGACAACAGUGACAAUGGUGACAACGGUGACGGCGGUGACAUCAGUGACAACAGUGACAACGGUGACAACAGUGACAACAGUGACAACGGUGACAACUGUGACAUAG